AUGGUAUCUCCAAAACUUGAAAAACAUAACUGGAGAGCUCUACCACCUGAACUACGCUUAUCUUUAACACUCAGAUAUUUAGCUACGGGUGAUCAGAUACUAUCCAUAGCACUGGCAUACCGUAUUGGAGAAUCGACAGCACGUGCUAUUAUAAAAGAAACAACUAAAGUCAUUUCGAGUGUUUUACUUCCUAAAGUAUUACAGCCACCAUCUGAAGCAGAUUAUAUGCGAAUUAGUGCAGGAUUCCUUGAAAAGUGGAAUUUUCCAAAUUGUUUGGGUUCAUUUGAUGGCAAACAUUGCGUUAUUCAAGCUCCUUCACUAUCUGGCAGUUUAUACCACAACUAUAAAAAAACAUUUAGUAUAGUAUUAAUGGCUGCUUGUGAUUCAAAUUAUAAAUUCACCUUAGUCGAUAUUGGUUCGUAUGGAAGUCAAAAUGAUGCAGGAAUCCUCAAGGAACAAUACUAUGCUUGGAGAAACGAGCUAGGUGCUUUAGUAUAA